AGACCCGCGGGCCAGACCACAAGAUCCAGCAGCCGCGCCCCUCGAAGCCUCAGUCCUCCCCCCUCCUCCUCCUCGUCCUCCUCAUCUUCGUCUUCGGCGGCGCAAGAUGGCCCAGCAGCUCGCCGCCGGCGCCGGCGUGACCCGCCUCCUGCUCCCCCUCCUCCUGGCGCUUCUGGCCCGGGCCGAGCCAGGCCACGCGGGGGACGCCCGCCGGGGCAACGCCACCGCCCACCGGAAGGCCUUCCCGGUGCUGUCCUUCAACUACGAGCACGUCCGGAAGCCCUUCGAGAUCUCCAUGUGGGUCCUGCUGGCGCUGCUCAUGAAACUCGGCUUCCACGUCAUCCCGCGGGCGUCCCACGUGGUGCCCGAGAGCUGCCUGCUGAUCGCGGUGGGGCUGCUGGUGGGCGGAGUCAUCAAGGCCGUCCGACAGACGGCGCCCGCGCUGGACGCCGAGCUCUUCUUCCUCUACCUGCUGCCGCCCAUCAUCCUGGACGCCGGCUACUUCCUGCCCGUGCGGCCCUUCGCCGAGAACCUGGGCGCCAUCCUGGCGUUCGCCGUGGCGGGCACCCUGUGGAACGCCUUCGUCGUGGGCGGCGGCGUCUACGCGGCGUGCCGGCUGGAGGGCGAGCGGCUGGCCGACGUGGACCCGCUGUCCUGCCUGCUCUUCGGCUCCAUCGUGUCGGCCGUGGACCCCGUGGCCGUGCUGGCCGUCUUCGAGGAGAUCCGCAUCGACGAGCUGCUCCACGUGCUGGUCUUCGGCGAGUCGCUGCUCAACGACGCCGUCACCGUGGUGCUGUACCACCUGUUGGAGGAGUUCGCCCGCGCCGGCGAGGUGACGGCGACCGACGCCCUGCUGGGGGUGCUGUGCUUCUUUGCGGUGUCGUGCGGGGGCGUCCUGGUGGGCGUGGUCUACGGGCUCCUGGGCGCCUUCACGUCCCGCUUCACCUCGCGGACGCGCGUCAUCGAGCCGCUCUUCGUCUUCCUGUACAGCUACAUGGCGUACCUGUCGGCCGAGGUCUUCCGCCUGUCGGGCAUCAUGUCGUUGAUCGCCUGCGGCGUGGUGAUGCGUCCCUACGUGGAGGCCAACAUCUCGCACAAGUCCUACACCACCGUCAAGUACUUCCUGAAGAUGUGGAGCAGCGUGAGCGAGACGCUCAUCUUCAUCUUCCUGGGGGUGUCCACCGUGGCGGGGCCGCACGCUUGGAACUGGACCUUCGUGGGGGCCACGCUGCUGCUGUGCCUCGUCGCCCGAGUGCUCGGCGUUCUGGGCCUGACGUUCGUCAUCAACAAGUUCCGGAUGGUCAAGCUGAGCAAAAAGGAGCAAUUCAUCGUGGCCUACGGUGGCCUGCGAGGCGCCAUCGCCUUCUCGCUGGGAUUCGUGCUCAGCGACAGCAAGAUCAAGCACUUGUUCCUCACCGCCAUCAUCACCGUCAUCUUCUUCACCGUCUUCGUGCAGGGGAUGACCAUCAGGCCGCUGGUGGAGCUGCUGGAGGUGAAGAAGAAGACGGAGGCCCACGGGACCAUCAACGAGGAGAUUCACACGCAGUUCCUGGAUCAUCUCCUGGUGGGCAUCGAGGACAUCUGUGGCCAUUACGGACACCAUCGCUGGAAAGACAAGCUGAGCCGCUUCAACGAGGCCUACGUGAAGAAGUGGCUGAUCGCGGGCGACCGCUGCAGCGAGCCGCAGCUGCUGUCCUUCUACAACAAGAUGGAGGUGAAGCAGGCCAUCAUGAUGCUCGAGAGCGGCGGCGGCGGCGGCGGCGGGGGGCCCGUCUUCAAACCGCCUCCCGUGGAACCGAAUGUGGACGUCGAGGCCCCGUCGAGACGCAGGAGCCGGAAGGAAAUCCGAAAAAUGCUGCAGGGCAACGUGCAGAAGAAGAGACAGCGGCUUCGUUCCUACAGCCGCCACGACCUGAUGGUGGACCCCUUCGAAGACGACGUGAGCGAGAUCCGCUUCAGGAAGCAGCGAGUGGAGAUGGAGCGCAGGAUGAGCCACUACCUGACGGUGCCCGCAAAAAGCCCGCAACCGCCGACGUCUGUGAGACGGGUCAACUUCCGAGCAGAACACCGAGUUUACACGUACGACGACGGCCAAAGCGGCGGAGACCCGGCGGAGGCCCCGGCGGACCCGACCUCCUCCGACGGCGACGAGGAGGACGAAGAGCAGCAGCGGCGGCAGCGGGCGACGCGCCGUCUCAGCGACCCCGGUCCCAAAUAGCGGCUGAAGAUACGCGGUUGCUCGCUCACGCGGGAUCAGGACCGAGCCCCGACUGAUGCAGCGCCGUUAAAACCAUGAAAUUGUUUCUAUGCAUACUUUCAAAUGUCGAUGAAGCACAAACUGUCAGCAAAAAGGUAGAUGGGCCUAAAAGCGAACGCACGCCGAUGACGACCCAGGCGGGCUAAACCUCGCUCCUCCCCGACAUUAGCAACAUCUUCAUUGACACCGAUUACUGUGUGUUUUCUUUCGGCUUGUCCCUUUCGGGGUCGCCACAGCGUGUCAUCUCAGAUGAACGCAUAUAUAUAUGUUUGGCACAAUUUUUACGCCGGAUGCCCUUCCUGACGCAAGCCUUCUCAGGGAGUGGAGGCCCCAGUGGGAUACGAACCCACAACCCCUGGUUUACCAAACCAGUGCUCUAACCACUGAGCUACGGGGCCUCUCAUUGACACCGAUUACUACUUUGCUCAUAUCCAGGACUUUGGUGCUAUCUUGUGGCAUCUUAGCGUGACCGCCCCGCGGCCGCCUUGACAUACGAGUGACAUGAAUCACAAGUUUUUGGAGAUAGGAGCCGUCCUUUGGAUUUCUUGUAUUGCGCAUUGAGUCAAUUCCCUGCCAAAUGUGCUUUUUUUUUGUUUGUUUGUUUUUUUUUCACUCUCCCGCUCCACAUUUCUCGCCUUUGAAUUGCGUGCCCAGAAUUCUUGGAAGUCUUUGCACGUGUAUCUCGCGGAUCUCGCGCUGCCUUCUUGUUUGCUCGCCUUCAGAGAAUUUGGAGCUUCGUGGCGCUCAAAGUUUUGAGAUAUUUCGAGCCCCCCCAAAAGUAUUGAUUCAGGGUGAAAAUAAAAAUUUGUACGCGAGACACUGGUCAUUUUCUGCCUUGUUAUUUUUUAUUU